CUGUCAGCAGCUCUGUACGCGCCCCUGACUUACAGCCGCACUGGAACUAGUCUGUUCCCACCGCCUCUUUUCCUCCGGUGUGUUCUUGGGAGUUUUUAAGUGGCAAACAGUUUUUAAGUGAUGUGUUAAAGUGUGUGUCUCGGCGGCUGUACAGCGGGAGGAGUUAUCACCGUGUUUUCGUCGCUUUUAGUGGAAAAGCAGCGGGGGGAAAUGUCCAGCUGAGGAUUGGAAAUCCUGAAAACCGCAGGGCCUGUUUUUGUAAUGAUUGAUCAAUGCUUCGACAAUGGCGGUAAAGGCAAAAGUUUUAUAUGACUUCACUGCUGAGCCCGGAAACAACGAGCUGACGGUGAAAGAAGGCGAGACGGUCACCAUCACCAAUCAGAAUAUUGGAGGCGGCUGGAUUGAAGCACAGAACUCCAGAGGGGAUGUUGGACUGGUGCCAGAAGACUACAUCGAGCUCAGUAAGCAGUUUCCAUCGUUCCCAGGAGCAGGAACCACAGCACCUACACCUAGUUUAGGAAAUGCUGCAUCUUCAGACUUGUCCAUCUUUGAUGCCUACGCUCCCCAGUCAGCACCUGCACAAAACCAGGUGGAUGCUGGGGGCUUAAGUCCCCAGCCGGAAACCCCCGACACCCCAGUUUCCCCCUACCUUUCGUCCCCUGAUGAGGCUAGUAACGGUAAUGAUCCCUGGUCAGUGUGGAACGCGGACCCCUCGGGAGGCUCCAACAAUAACUGGGCGUCCAAUCCAGAGGGCACCCAGACUGGGAAGAGUGCUGCGGACCCCUGGAGCUCUGUACCACAGGGCCACCCUCAGGCUUACCAGGGCCCAGGAGCAGAGGAUGACGAGUGGGAUGAUGAGUGGGAUGACAUGAAGUCCACUGGAGGUUACGCCGAGUCGGAAUCUGGAGAGAGUGGAGCAAUACAGAGAGGAGGAGUUCAUGCAUCUUCAAUGAAAAUCUCCCUCAACAAGUUUCCUGGGUUCUCCAAGUCUGGUCCAGAGCUCUACCUCCUAUGCAAGCAGGUCGCUAAGGGCAAAGAGAAGCUGCCAAUUUAUAUGGGAGAAGUUGGUCCAGUGUGGUCUUAUCCAGAAACUCAGCUAGACUGCGUGGUGGCAGAUCCCAAGAAAGGCUCAAAGAUGUACGGCCUCAAGAGCUACAUCGAGUACCAAAUUACACCCAGCAACACAAACCGACCGGUCAAUCACAGAUACAAGCACUUUGAUUGGCUGUAUGAGAGGCUGCUAGACAAAUUCGGGUCAGCCAUCCCCAUCCCCUCUUUACCAGACAAGCAGGUGACAGGGCGAUUUGAGGAAGAGUUUAUUAAGAUGCGUAUGGAGCGGUUGCAGGGCUGGAUGACCAGGAUGUGCAGGCACCCGAUUAUUUCCAGCAGUGAAGUGUUCCAGAUUUUCCUCACCCACAAGGACGAGAAGGACUGGAAGAUGGGAAAGAGAAAAGCAGAGAAAGACGAGACAGUGGGAGUGAUGAUCUUCUCCACAAUAGAGCCUGAAGCUCCGGACCUGGAUUUUGUGGAAGUGGAGCAGAAAUGUGAGCAGUUCAGCAGGUUUACCAAAGCCAUGGAUGACGGGGUGAAGGAAAUCCUCACAGUGGGCCAAGAGCACUGGAAGAGAUGCACAGGCCCUUUGCCAAAAGAGUACCAGAGAAUCGGCAAAGCCUUCCAGAACCUCUCCUCCGUCUUCACCAGCAGCGGAUAUCAAGGCGAGUCAACCCUGACUGAUGCCAUGACAGCAGCAGGCAAGACGUAUGAGGAGAUCGCUCAGAUGGUGGCAGAGCAGCCCAGGAAAGACCUCCACUUCCUCAUGGAGACCAACAAUGAAUACAAGGGUCUUCUUGGAUGCUUCCCAGACACCAUCGGGGUCCAUAAGGCAGCCAUAGACAAGGUGAAGGAGGCCGACAAGCUGGUGGCCACCAGUAAAAUUACCCCUCAGGACAAAGUCAACAUGGCUAAACGAGUCAGCACCAUGUCUUACUCUUUACAAGCUGAGAUGAACCACUUCCAUAACAACCGCAUCUAUGACUACAACAGGGUCAUGCAGUUGUACUUGGAGGAGCAAGUCAAGUUUUACGAGACGAUUGCUGAGAAACUGAGACAAGCACACAGUCAGUUCACUACAAUGUGAAAGCAACGGCCUUCAGUCUCGCACUACAAGACAAGAAGAGUUAAGCCACCAAAAGAUUCUUGCUUACACUGCAUUCUUUUCCCUCCCUUUAAUUUAAACUUCUCUUCGCUCUGCCUCUCGCUCUUACCUCAUCUCUUCCUUCCUCCCGCUCAUGCCAACAGUGCCAGCUCAUGUCCACUGCUGUCAGACGGCUGUGAGCAGUUACUGUGCAGCAGCUGAAGAGGCUUUGACACCAGUGUUUGUUUUUUUUCUUUAGGGCCAGCAAUGAUAGCAGAACAAGGCACACUAUUUACACACGCCCUUUCCUCUGUCCAAGGUCCGCAGCUUGUGACACAGGAAGUUAGCAUUGCAGAGCCGCAGUCUGUAGCUGUGAAUCGCGACACUGCAUGAGUCAGUUUCUCUAACGUGCUGCAGUUUUUCAGCUCUGGGUGCAAACAUGCCCAUGCUCACAUUUUAUCUGCCUAUUUUAAAGCAAUACUCUGCCGUGUUUCCGUGUUACGAAAGGAUUUACGCAUGUUGCAGUACUGCAGGCUGCACAGUGAUGUAGUGAUGUACUGACAUCGAAAACCAAAGCCACCCCCCACCCCUUCAAUAGGGGGGGUUGAUUUUUGAAUCCAGCACUGACAACAAAACCAGAGCUUUACUUUCUUUUUCUCUGCCAACAUUAGGCCCAUUUUAAUAAUCGUAUUAGUCCCGUUAUCAUUUGAGAGAGUCCUAAAUCUUCAGUGGAGCGUUCAUUUAUGAAGGCUUGGAAGAGUUUGCAAAGGCAGAGAGUGUGUCCUCUGUAUGUCCACUGCUGGCAGUCCAUAGCCCCCUUUUCAUCCCGUACUUCCCCAAAGGCUCACAGGAAGCUCCACCUCCAUCCUGUCUCACUCACGUGCCUUUACCCCUUUGAGGAAAAUAGAAAUGGUUGACUAAGCUGGCCCCCGGCCUGCGUAUCAUGACACUGCAGUUUACAUUACAGGAGAGAAGACGAAAUGCGGGAUGAAUGAUAUUUUAAGCGCUGGUGAUUCACACCUCCCCGCAGGCGGUGCCAAACAUGAUUUCUGUCUCCCAACUCUCCUGAAGAAUAUCUGUCCCUUUUUUUUUUUUUGACCAGAUUUUGGUGUUUUAUAUGAAGGUGUAACAGCAAUGUUAAAUGUAAGAACCUGUACUAUACAAGGAGUUCGGGAUGGAGCCAUGGAUUAUAUAAUGUAUGCAGUUUUGAUUUUGCUUUUCACCACACAGUUUUCAAUCAGUCUCUAAUCUUGUUCGCUCUUUGUUUUCUUAUCACUUGACACAUGAAAAGUAUAUAUAUACAUAUAUAUUCUAUCAGACCUAUCAGGUGCUUCUUGUCAUUGAGAUACUAUUUUAUGUAUAGAAGUAUUUGCAAUACAGUGUAACUCAAAGAGGAGCAGAAAUUCUGUUUGAUUUAUUAAACAAUGAUUUGUACUCA